AUGACGGUCCCUUCAGAAGGAGAAGAAACGACCACCACCGCUGCGGCGAAAGAUGCGCUCGAGAAUCUCUCCUUGAGACCGGAAACGGCAUCAAACAACAACGCGGGGUGGCAAACGCAAGGUGAAAAAGGAGAAAAAGGAGGGAAACCGAAACCACCCGGGAAAGAAGAAUCGACGCAUAAGUGGAAAGAAGAAGACGAUCGAGACUUUCAAACGGUGACAAACAGACGCGCAUCCGUGGACCACAAGAGGAGAGAGUAUGCAGAACCGAGAGGAAGUGGUGGUGGUAUGGGGGGGUUAAGAGGCGGGAGAAUUUCAGAAGACCGAGGGGGAGGAGGCGAGAGGAAUUCCAUCCCUGGUUUGAGACCACCGCGAGGGUACGAGAAGAGAGAAGGAGGAAACGAUUUUUAUAACCGAAACCGUAAAGAUGGACCGUCGAGACCGAACCAAAACAGAUCUGGGUUUUCUAUUGGAAGAGGUCGAGGUCAAGGAAAAGGUCACGGGAACGUUUUAGGCGGCCCUGGUGGCGGGUACGAAGUGAACAUGGCGCAACCGUACGCGCCCGGGUUUAACGAAGCCGAGCUCGAAAUCGAAGAGAAGAAAAGUUGCAUCUCGGAGGAAUUUGAGAAGAGCAUCGCGGAACACGCGACAGAGUUUGAGAAGUUGUUUAAAGACGAAAGAGAGUCGAAUCCGGAUCGCGAGAACAUUGAACACGUGUACGGGGCGAUGGAACUGGUUAAAAUUUUGAGAGAUUUGGAAGCGGCGAACGCCUGCGAAUUGCCGGCGGAGGUGGAUAAAGACACCGUGCCGUUGAGAUCGGUGAAACCUGGAGAUAUGUUGUGGGAUUUGACCAUGUUCGCAAACAGGGUGAAGACAAAUCCGGGGGCGCCAGCAGGGCAACUGAAAGGUCCGGCGUGGAAAGACGGCGAAGACGCUUUGGGACGAAAAAAGAAAGAUCGAUACGAAGUUGGCGACGGGAAAGGAUCGUACUCUACACAAAAUAGAGGCGGCAGGAGAGAUGAAUACGACGGUGUGCCCGAGUGGGCUUUGGAUGGGAACCAAUUAAAAGACCGAACGGAGGUUGGAGAUUCAUUUUUGGGCGGUGCCAUGCCGGCGUUGACGGAGGAGGAGAUGCGCCAGAUGCGCGAGGAAAUCGCCUCGGGCACGACGAGGUCAGAGGCGAGAGUCGUCCCUGAAAGCGAAAAGAUUGAGCUCACCGAAGCUGAUAUCAAUGGUUUAAUUACUGAGGACGCGUUUACGCAAGAUAUUAAAGCGGAAUUAAUGGAACAAGAAGCGGCGAAGAAUCAACCGAGACAACAAUCGAGAUUUGUCAUCGAAGAGGAUUCUCCAAACGUGUCUUCCGGCGGUGGCUUUUUCGGAGAUUUGAACGCACCGAAUGUUGCGCAGCAACAUCAAAUGAUGCAGCAGCAACAGCGGCAGCAACAACCGGCGGCGCCGGUGUCUAUACCGACGAACUGGAUGUACUUGGAUCCCGCGGGCGCGCCGCAAGGACCAUUUACGCGAGAUGAGAUCACAGAGUGGCACCAAGGCGGCUUCUUCCCGAUGGAUUUACCGUUGAGACCGUCUGAUGCACCAAUAAACUUCAAGUACGUUCCUCUUCAGGCGCUGUUAAAAAUGGGAUGGCGGUACGAUCAAGUCUUGAACGCCAUGAACGGAGGAGUUCGAGCGAUUCCCGCGCCAGUUCAGCAACAACAACAACAGCAGCAGCAGCAGCGACAGCCUACCGGAGGUGGUGGCAGCGGCGGCGGCGGGCUGCUUAGUAACAUUAUGGGUGCAGCGGUGCCGUCUGGUCACCCAGCCGCGCCGUCCGGGCCGACAAAGUCGCUCGCUGAUAUCGAAGGCGGCGUUGCCGCAGUCAAGAAGGGCAUGCCGCAACCGCGCGCCGGUGUGGUUGCGCCGAAGCCGAACGUCGCUCCAUCACCAUCACCAGCUACUGGAGGUGGUUUAUUAGGAAGUAUAAUGGGUAGUGCCGGUGGUUUACCACAAGGGCAUCAUCAACAACAACAAGGUCAAAGCAAAGGUAUGGGCAUGUCGUUACAAGAGAUGGAAGAUCGACAGCGGGCGAUGCUCGUUUUAGAGAAACAAAGCGAAGAAAAUGCCCGCAUAAAUAGACAAAAACAAGAGCAAGAACAAAAACGUUUAGAAAUGGAAAGACAGCAAAAACAGCAACAGCAGCAACAGCAGCAGCAACAAGCGCAACAGAAGCCAGCUUGGGGCGGAGCAAAACCAGCUGCCGUUGUCAAUGAAGGACGAAGUUUAGCGGACAUUCAAAGAGAAGAAGCCGAGUUAGAGAGACAACGCAGAGCGAAUGCGCCUGAUAUGCCCGCAGGAGGCCAAGGUGGUCUUCUGGGAACGCCGUGGGGUACCGGCGCGCCGCAAAACGCUCGAGCACAACCGGCGAAACCGGCGUCGGGUUCCUUGGCGGCAGUCAUGGCGCAAGAGCAAGCGCAAGCGAGGAAAAGGCAAGAGAUUUUGCAACGCGAAGCGAACGAGAGAAUGGCAAACAUGAAGGGUGGAUGGCAAGGUAGUGGUGGUAGUACUGUCGGCGGUAACGAUGGUCAAAAGUCGUUAGCGGAGAUUCAACGAGAAGAAGAGGAACGGCGCCAACGUGAAAUGGCUGCGAAGAACGAAGAACUGUUGGGUAUGCCGCAAAACGCCAUCGGCACUGCGUGGGCGACUGGAAAAUUAGCAAGUAGUAGUAACCCUCCACCGCCUCAACAGCAACAACCGCCGCCGCCGAAGCGACCGACGAUGAUGAUGCCGCGACAGAUGCAAGGUUCGCAACGCAAAGUGCAAUCCGAUUUCGAUCGUCCCGAUAGCGCCGGCUCCGCGCCGCGAUCCAACCCAGGAAGCCACAACAACUCUAUCGCGGAUAAUAUGAACCAAAUCGACGGCGACUCUUGGGGUGCGCCUCCGGCGCCAAAGAACAAGCGCGCGUUGCAACAAUGGUGCAAACGCGCGAUGAAAACGUUGAACGGAUCCGAAGAUUUAACUCUAGUGGAUUUCUUGCUCUCCUUGGCGAGCGCGGGAGAGGUUCAAGAGUACGUUGGUUUGUAUUUAGGCAACACGCCAAAAGCCACGGAGUUUGGCUUAGAGUUGGUGAAGCAAAAACGAGCGGAUCCGAGUUUGAAAGACGGCAUCGCGCGCUUGUGA